AUGCUAGCCGAAAAAACCCGUUCCAUAAUCAAAGCAACCGUUCCUGUUUUGGAACAGCAGGGCACUGUCAUCACGCGUACAUUCUACAAAAAUAUGCUUACUGAACACACCGAAUUACUUAAUAUUUUUAACAGAACUAAUCAAAAGGUUGGCGCACAACCAAAUGCCUUGGCCACUACUGUUUUGGCAGCGGCUAAGAACAUUGACGAUUUGUCUGUGCUUAUGGACCAUGUCAAGCAAAUUGGCCACAAGCAUCGUGCCUUGCAAAUUAAACCUGAGCAUUAUCCAAUCGUUGGUGAGUACUUGUUAAAAGCAAUCAAGGAAGUUUUAGGCGAUGCUGCGACUCCAGAGAUAAUUAAUGCAUGGGGCGAGGCUUACCAAGCAAUUGCUGACAUCUUCAUCACUGUUGAAAAAAAAAUGUACGAAGAAGCUUUAUGGCCAGGUUGGAAACCAUUUGACAUUACUGCCAAAGAGUACGUUGCUUCAGAUAUUGUUGAAUUUACUGUUAAGCCAAAGUUCGGUUCUGGUAUUGAAUUGGAAAGCUUGCCAAUCACUCCAGGUCAGUAUAUUACGGUAAACACUCACCCAAUUAGACAGGAAAACCAAUACGACGCUUUAAGACACUACUCUCUUUGUUCUGCUUCAACUAAAAAUGGUUUACGAUUUGCAGUAAAGAUGGAAGCUGCCAGAGAAAAUUUUCCUGCAGGAUUAGUCUCUGAAUAUUUACACAAGGACGCUAAAGUUGGUGAUGAAAUUAAGCUUAGUGCUCCGGCUGGUGAUUUCGCAAUAAAUAAAGAGUUGAUACACCAAAACGAAGUUCCAUUGGUGUUACUAUCGUCUGGUGUUGGUGUUACACCACUUUUAGCUAUGUUAGAAGAACAAGUCAAAUGCAACCCAAAUAGGCCAAUUUACUGGAUUCAAUCUUCCUAUGAUGAAAAGACUCAAGCAUUCAAAAAACAUGUAGAUGAACUAUUAGCUGAAUGUGCGAAUGUCGACAAAAUAAUUGUUCAUACUGAUACUGAACCACUGAUUAAUGCUGCAUUCUUGAAGGAAAAGUCACCUGCGCAUGCCGAUGUCUACACUUGCGGCUCUUUAGCUUUUAUGCAAGCUAUGAUUGGUCAUCUAAAAGAACUAGAGCAUCGUGAUGAUAUGAUUCACUAUGAACCAUUUGGUCCAAAGAUGUCAACCGUGCAAGUUUAG